AUGCCAGCGCUAAGAGUUAUACUCUCUCUUUUGAUAGUAUUAGUUGGGUAUGUCAUCUUUAAAGUGGUUUGGCCUCCUUUGAAUUUUCCACGAAACAUACCAACCAUUCCAUGCUAUGUCGUUUUUCUUCCCAUAAUAUUUGAUAUUGAUCAAGUCGACAUCUAUAACACUUACAUCAAAGUACAGAUGGAGAAAUAUGGAGCUGUUAAGAUUUUCUUUGGGUCUCGCUGGAAUAUCUUAGUCUCAAAGCCGGAAUACUUGGCUCAAAUCUUCAAAGAGGAAGAUGUAUUCGCGAAAAGUGGGAAUCAGAAAAAAAUUCCAUAUAGCGCCAUUGCCGCCUACACAGGUGAUAAUAUAAUUAGUGCCCAUGGAGACGUUUGGAGAAAAUAUAGGUCUAUUAUGACAAAUGGUUUGCAACAUUUCAAGGAAGAACCAUUUAUUUGUAAUGCAAAGAAAUUUUGUGGUUUGCUAAGAAAAAAUAGGGGACCAACGGGAAACGUAUUAAUGGGCCCACUAAUUCAAAGAUUAACAUUAGACAAUAUAUCUCAAGUUGUGUUAGGUUUUAAUUUUGGAACUCUAUCAGAGGAAACAAAUGAGCUCCAUCAACAUUUAAUUAAGAUUAAAAAACAAAUAUUCCAUCCAUUCUUUUUGACCUUCCCUUUUUUUGACAUGUUACCUAUACCCUCUCGAAAAAAAGCCUUCCAAGAUAUUUCGAAGUUUCGAGAAGUGUUGGUUUCAAGGGUCAAAAAUGAUUUGAUUAACAACUAUAAAUUUGAACAAACUAGUUAUGUAUCGAGUGACCUCAUUAAAGCUUAUAACAAUAAUAUCAUUGACUAUAAACAGUUGACCGAUAAUAUUGUUAUUCUGUUAGUUGCGGGACAUGAAAAUCCACAGCUUUUACUUUCUAAUUGUCUUUAUCUUUUAGCAAAAUACCCGAGUUGGCAAAAAUUAAUUUGGAAAGAAACUCAGAAUAUUUCAAACUAUAAGGAUUUGAAUGAGUUGCCAUUAUUUAAUUCUUUUUUAUUUGAAGUUGUCAGAUUGUAUCCGCCUUUAAAUAUCAUCAUAAACAGAAAAACCAACAAGAAGUGUAGAAUGGGGCAAGAUAUUAUAGUACCCAAGAAUACCUAUGUUGGUUAUCAUAAUUUUGGUGUGACGCACAAUCGGAAUGUAUGGGGAAAUACAGCCGAGGAAUUUGAUCCGAGGAGAUGGGGUACUAAUAUCGCAGAUAUUAUGAUUGCGUGGCGGUCAAGUAAAAAUUCUUGUAAAUUAACUUCCUUCCAUGGUGGAAGAAGAGCCUGCCUGGGUGAAAAAUUAGGUUUCGUGGAAAUGAGGAUUUCUAUAUUUGAGAUAAUUCAACAGUUUGAAUUAACUCUUCCAAAAGAAUGGAAGGAAAAGAUGACGCCUGCAGGGCCAUUAUGCCCCUACAAUUUACAAUUGAAUAUCAAAAGCAGGGAAAAAGAUGUGGGAGUUUGCGAAUAG